AUGGUGGAGGAGAUACUAGAAAUGAAAGCAGAGCUGCAUCGCUAUAGAUACGGGCAGAGUAUCUUACUGUACGAAAGACAUGAAGAGUUGAGCACCGGCUUCUCCCACGUGAUGAGUAAUAAUACCGAAACAUCAGCUCCAUCUGGUGCCACUUUCCCAGGACUGGCUCGGUUUGCCGGAAGCGCCGUCACCCGCGAUCAUACGACGCCCACCACCGAAUCUUGGCCGAGGAUCACCGCCCGCCUUUCGCCUUCAGGCAGCGCAAUUGGAGAUGGAGCUCAGUUCAGUUCAAUUCACUUUGUCCACAGUCCAUGCCUCGCCUUUCCUUUCUCGGUCGCUUGUGAUUUGGACUGGCUGGCCACCUACUCUCCCUCGGACCCUUUCUCCCUCUGCUACAUCAUCAUCUUUGAAUCAUUUGCCGUCGUGGGACAGCAUUGA